CAAAGGUUGGCGCCUGCGCCAGGUCGCCGCCCGCCGCGUGAAAACAGGACGGGGCCGGGAGGAAGAGGCUGGGUGGUAAACAGGAAGUGGGCGCUCGGAGCUCGGCGCGGCGCUCGGGCAACAUCUGGAAAAAAUGACGCAUUGGUUUCAUAGGAACCCAUUAAAAGCCACAGCUCCUGUCCCUUUUAACUAUUAUGGUGUAGCCACUGGCCCUGCUGCUUCAAAAAUUUGCAGUGACUUGAGAUCAUGCAGAGCACAACUGCUUGAACUGUUCACUGAUUUGAGUUGUAAUCCAGAAAUGAUGAUGAAAGCAGCAGAUUCAUAUUUUUCACUCUUACAAGGUUUCAUAAAUUCAUUGGAUGAAUCCACCCAAGAAAGCAAGUUACGAUAUAUUCAGAAUUUCAAGUGGACUGAUACAUUACAAGGACAUGUUCCUAGUGCCCAGCAGGAUGCUGUUUUUGAGUUAAUUUCCAUGGGAUUUAAUGUAGCCUUGUGGUACACCAAAUAUGCUUCAAGACUGGCUGGAAAAGAAAACAUAACAGAAGAGGAAGCAAAAGAAGUCCAUCGCAGCCUAAAAAUUGCAGCUGGGAUUUUUAAACAUUUAAAGGAAAGUCAUAUCCCAAAGCUUAUUACACCUGCAGAAAAGGGAAGAGAUUUAGAGGCACGACUCAUAGAAGCUUAUAUUAUCCAGUGUCAGGCUGAAGCUCAAGAAGUAACAAUUGCUCGAGCAAUUGAACUGAAACACGCUCCUGGGCUAAUUGCUGCACUGGCAUAUGAAACAGCCAAUUUCUAUCAAAAAGCAGAUCAUACUUUAUCCAGUUUGGAGCCUGCAUACUCUGCUAAAUGGAGAAAAUAUCUUCACUUGAAAAUGUGUUUCUACACAGCUUAUGCUUACUGUUAUCAUGGUCAGACUUUGUUGGCUAGUGAUAAAUGUGGUGAAGCAAUUCGGUCUCUCCAAGAAGCUGAAAAAUUUUAUGCAAAUGCCGAAGCGUUAUGCAAAGAAUAUGGAGAAACCAAAGGACCUGGACCAACAGUCAAACCUUCAGGACACUUAUUCUUUAGAAAGCUUGGAAAUCUUGUAAAGAAUACCAUGGAAAAAUGUGAGAGAGAAAAUGGAUUUAUGUGAGUGCAGCUUAUAAUUAUGUUUAGAUAUUAAUACUGUUUUAGUAAUACCACAGUUUGUGUUAGUCUACAUUCCCAAAGAUUUUUUGUCAGAGUGCUUUUAAGUUCAGCUCUAUUUUUCUCUUUAAAUUGGUUGAUAACGUUCACUUCUGUUGGGCCUAACUUUUAUUAUAUUUCUGUUGAUGGUGUAUGAAAGGUCUUCAGAUUGAAGCCUAAGUAACAUGUAGCCCACUCCUACUGUCCUGAUUUCCUCUUAGCUUUGUUUCCUUGCCAUUCCUUCUUCACGAUUACAUACAUCUUGUCGGUACCCUGUGCAUAUUCAUCCCACUCUGGUUUCAGCUACCUGUACUGCAGGGAAAUUAAUUUUCUGUCAGUCCUGCCUAAUCAAGCAGCUUUCCAUUAUUAAGUCAGCAUUUUCAGACUAGGUCACCAUCCUGC